AUGAACGCCAUCUGGAAGUCGGAGCUCCCCGCUAUGCAACCGGACCUGUUCCGGCAACGGUUGCUCGAGCUCGCCGCGGAGUACGAGAGUCUGUACUCGAACUCGGCCGACUGCCCGAGCCCAGUCAGCCCUCCGAGGGCGACCCUGAGCAAGCCCGGACGGCUGAGGACGCCCGGCGACGCCUCCCCUGCGGCGGGACCCACGAUGUCCCAGCAACUAUCCUUCGGGAGCGCUCCCGGGAGCCCAGUCCGCGAGACCCGCAGCAUGCCCGACUGCACGAGCCCGGUGAGCAGCCCGUCGAGGGCGACCCCGGGCAGGGGGGGGCGGCGCUGGCCGCCCAGCGACAGCGUCCCGGCAGCGGGCGCCCCGUCCCGGCAGAUGUCGGCCGACAGCGUCGCGGCGGUCUCGUCCCGCGGCGACGGCGAGAGCACCCCGCGGCCAGCAGGCAGGGGCCUCCCGGCGCCACGGCGUUCCCUGCGUUCGCUCGUGAGCCUGUUGCCGUCGGCACGGCCCGCGCGGCCGCGCCUUGCGGCGCUGCAGGGCUCGCCGGACGGGAUCCCCACCGCGGCGUCUUCCCCCGACAGAGCAGCGCGCAGCGAGCCGUGCCCGUCUCUGAAGGAGCAGAGGCGGUUCAACGCUGCAGUGCGGCAGUCCCGGGGGGCUAUGAGGAUCAGCCUGCCGGAGCCAGAAGACGGGUUCAUCGCCCAGUUGGUGAAGGGCCGCGGUUUCAGUAUUGGCAUCGCUUGCCUGAUCAUAUUCAGCACCGUCCUGAUCGGUAUCGAGACCCAGGUACUUUCUAGCUUGUCCAGUCAUGGGUCCAGCUCGGAUCAGUGGAUGAGUGCAUUGUCAGCAACGAAUUACGCACUCACAGUGUUGUUCACAGUGGAGAUGGUGGCACGACUGUAUGUGUUCAGGCUCGAUUUCUUCGUCUACGAAAGAGUACAUGGUGGCGGAUUUGACGUCAUUAUUUUGCUCCUGGCGCUUGUCGAGGUUGUCCUCGCGUUUUCUGUAUACGCGCUCUCUGGCACGACGGACGAGUUGUUCGACAGUGGCGGUUCGGCGAAGGUCCUGCGUCUCUUCCGCCUCACUCGGCUUCUUCGCCUCGUCCGAACCUUUCGCCAGCUCAAGCCCCUACGGUUGCUGCUGCACUCGCUGUAUUGCGCGGGCAAGUCUGUAUUCUGGGCGCUCCUGUUGCUCUUUAUCAUUGUGUAUUCGUUCGGAGUUAUUUUGACACAGGCCGUGACGGUGCACACUGAAGGUGGAACGCGAGUCGAUGACCCGAACCUGACGCAAUAUUACGGAACCUUGUCUCGGUCAAUGUUGAGCCUGUGGUGGGCUGUGUCGGGGGGUAUCAGCUGGAACGAGCUCACCGAACCGCUCGUGGGCACGGGUAGCUCGCUGUGGCGGGUGUCGGCGGAUUCCUGGUCUACAUUGCCUUCGUGUACUUUUUUAUACUGA